UAUUUCCUUGUGCAAAAAUUCAACUGGGCGAAGGAAAAGAAGAUUCCAGACUUUAGUUCGUUGGUUGAGUUUGCCUCAAACACCAACCUUAAAAUGAUGAAGUCGUUACUUGUUGCUUUUCUCUUGUUCUUGUCACCAUCACCUAGCGCACAAUCAGCAAUUCCGAACGCAGAAAUGAGCAUCACGAAGGAAGAUGGCAGCAGCGUUGGACCAAACAUAGAAAUGCAGCCGGGACAAGGCAUGAACCUCACCUGCACGAUACAAGGUUAUGGACUCUCGCUUGACUUACUUUGGUAUGAAGAAGGGCAAGAGCUGAGCCAUCAGACUAGCAUCAAACGAAGCGACUUCGCUCAGCAGCAACAACUGGAACUGACCUACAGCGAUGACUGCAACCGCAAAUUAACAUGCAUUUAUGGCGAUGAAGAUGAAGUUCAGUAUUCCAAGAGCACCACUAUAAAGUGUCCAGGUAAAGGAAUAAGCGUCACGUUGGCGGAUGAAACGACCGUGAGCUCCAACGUUGAAGGUAAACUCGGACAGAGCCUGAGCCUCGACUGCAACAUGCCUGAUCAUCAUGACCUCAAGCAAUUGAGCGAAGAAGACUUCGGCCGCGGAUUAAUGUGCAGAUAUGGCGACCAUGAGCAAUGGAGUAUCACCCUUAAUUGUCAAAACUCGCCGGGCGGACCAGCAUCUGCUACCCAGUCACCUCGAGAAGCAGUCGACCGCUGCCAUGAUACCCUGGAGUUUUUUAAAUCAUUUAACGUCUUUCUUAUAUCGAUUAUUCUCAUCGCGAUCAUAGUCUACUGUGCACGCAAAAUAUACAAAUACAAAGAAAAUAGAGAAGACAAGAGUCACAGUGAAAAGGAUGAAAAAGAGCAAGGCAGUGCCACGAAUCUGUUACAAGGAACUAGCAAGUCAAUUAAAAAAUGGGAAUUUUGUGAAUAUUUCCCGUUCACCGGAGUUAUUCACCAACUGCGCAAAUGCAGUUGGCCAAUAAAAGGUACACACGGCCAAAAGUACACAAAACCUUGAACUGCUGCAUUGCAACACUUUUGGUGCGCCGCAAACUGUUGAUUUUCAAUCAUCUUAUUUA